GGGUUACUUCCCUUAUAGAGACGGGAUUGACAUCAAAUGUAUGUACAAUUGAUGGUGCAAGACUCCGCUGCUAGGGCUAUAUAUAGUGGUGCAAUUAAGUGUUGCUGCCUCGUGGAGAAAGGAUGGAGAAAUUUUGUGGUGGUGAAAGUUUUUGGAACACCAGUUUGACGUGGGGUGAUGACAAGACAUAUCCGGGGUUCACAGAAUGUUUUCAAAACAGUGUAAUAAUUUGGAUACCCAGUGGAUGGUUGUGGCUAAGUUUACCAUUCUACUUACCGUACUUGUUCUCACAAAAAUCAUGUGCCUUACCAAAUUCUUGGAAGAAUUUAUCAAAACUGUGUAUAGCGCUGCUACAGCUUGUGAUUAUAGUCGUAGAGUUAUUAUAUGGGUCAGCCGAGUUAAACAGGAAAAAUGAAUCAUAUUUCCAGGCAUACUUUAUUGGUCCUUUGAUUGAGGCGUUAACUUUAAUUUUAGUAGUAUGUUAUAUGGAACUAGAGAGACGGAAAGGUUUAAUCACAUCUGGAGUAUUAUUUAUGUAUUGGCUACUGGCAAAUUUUACCUAUAUUAUACCUUUUUACCGUAAAAUUAUUGAAAAGGGUUAUGAAGAUCUUCUGCUGGAUUUUGUCCUAUUCAAUGUGUAUUUCUUCCUAAGUUUGAUACAGUUAAUCUUGAACUGUAUAGCUGAAACAUUACCCAUACAGCCAGGAAAGAGACCAUGUCCAGAAACAAGAGCAUCUUUCUUCUCACGAAUAACAUAUCAGUGGAUACAAGAGUUGGUUGUGACUGGUUAUAGGAAACCUCUGACAGAAGAUGACAUGUUUGCAUUAAAUCCUAGCGAACAGUCUAAAACUGUAGUGAAUGAGUUUGAAUCUCACUGGAGACAGCAAGAAAUCAAAAUAAAACAAAAAUUAACAAAAAGGAGAAACUUACAUGCUCAUGUUCAUCUGGGUGGAAGUACAAACCGGGAGGAUUGUGAAAUUUCUGAAUCUACACCCCUUCUUGGGCCUCAGUCAAGCAAGUCACAUGAUAGGUCACGUGAUAGGUCAUGCGAUGAUGGCAAAAGACCAAGAGUGUCACUGCCAAUUGUGCUGGUUAAAACAUUUGGCUGGGAUUUGUUAGUCAGUAACAUAUGGAAGCUGAUAUAUGAUAUUCUUGUGUUUGUCAACCCAUUUCUUUUACAGUUAUUAAUAGAUUUUGCGGUAGAUAGCAGUAAACCGACAUGGAAGGGCUAUGUAUAUAGCGCAGCAUUUUUUCUCGUCAUAUCAGUGCAGUCCUUUACGUUUCACUUCUUGAUGCAUCAAACUAUGACUAUAGGUAUCAGGUUACGAUCCGCUCUUAUAUCUGCAGUAUUCAAAAAGUCGUUAAGAAUGAACAAUCAGGCAAGAACAGAGUCAACUGUUGGUGAGAUUGUGAACCUCAUGUCCGUAGACGCGGAACAUAUUAAGGACCUGUCGGGCUACCUUUGGGGUGUAUGGUCCAGCCCCUUACAGAUCAUUGGUUCAGUGGUGUACCUGUAUUACACAGUCGGGUAUGCCAUGUUUGCCGGACUUGCAGUAAUGAUACUGCUUGUGCCCUUCAAUAUGGUGAUCCUGACUAAUGCACAGAAAUGUGAAAAACUCGUCAUGGAAAGGAAAGAUGACCGGAUUAAACUAAUGACGGAAAUACUUAAUGGAAUAAAGAUAUUGAAAUUGUAUGCCUGGGAGAUGGCUUUUGGAAAAAAAGUUACAGAUAUCCGAAGUAAAGAGUUGGCAGUUUUACUGAAGGGUCAGAUUCUUUAUAGUCUCUCAAUUUUCUCCUGGACUGUAGCUCCAUUUGCGGUUGGGUUAGCAACAUUUGCUACUUACAUCUAUACACAAGAUGAUCACAAGUUUGAUCCCCAGGCUGCCUUUGUUGCCAUGACGCUGUUCAACAUUUUACGGUUUGCCUUGAACAUAGCACCAAUAAUGUUUAUGGAACUUAUCAAGGCAUCAGUAUCAAUUAAGAGAAUGGGAAAGUUUCUGAAUAAUGAAGAUUUAGAUUUUACCAAUGUAUCCCAUGAUCCAUCAGACAGUGCCAUUAAAGUAGAAGAUGGAACUUUUUCAUGGGAUCCUGAAAUAGGACCAUGUUUGAAAGAUAUAACUAUGAAGGUACCAAAAGGAAGUCUGGUAGCUGUUGUAGGGACUGUCGGGGCGGGUAAAUCCUCGUUGAUGUCUGCCAUAUUGGGUGAAAUGCAGAAAAUAAAUGGAAAAGUUAAUGUAGAUGGAAGUACAGCAUACGUUCCACAACAAGCCUGGAUACAGAAUGCUACUGUAAAAGACAAUAUUAUAUUUGGCCAGCAGGUAGAAAGUAAGAAAUACAAGAAAAUUAUAGAUGCUUGUGCUCUCAAAAGUGACCUUGACAUUCUUCAAGGUGGGGAUAUGACAGAAAUAGGAGAAAAGGGUAUUAAUCUGAGUGGAGGACAGAAACAGAGGAUUAGUCUGGCUAGGGCGGUGUAUUUUGAUAGUGAUAUUUACCUUCUAGAUGAUCCACUCAGUGCCGUAGAUUCUCAUGUCGGUAAACAUAUAUUUGAUGAAGUCAUUGGUAAACAAGGAUUGCUGAAACAAAAGACAAGAGUACUGGUGACUCAUGGUAUCCAUUGGUUACCAAAGGUUGAUAUGAUCUUUGUGAUUUCUAACGGUGUGAUAUCUGAGCUGGGCUCGUAUGAUGAAUUGCUGAGUCAUGAUGGGGCUUUUGCCAAGUUUUUAAGGACAUAUUUGAUAGAGCAUGAAGAAGAAGUUGAGGAAGAAGAUGAAGAAGCACAGAAUAUAAAGAAAGUUAUACUGCAGCGUCUUGUAUCAAUACAGUCUGAUAGUGAUGCCGAAAAUUUGGAAAACAUUUUGGUAAAAAGAUCAGCGAGAAUUUCAGAGUCGGAGAAAGGUCACAAAGAUGACCAUUCAAAGUCGUACAAGGGUCAAGUGUCAGUGAUGUCUGAUAAAGAAAGUGUAACAGAUAAUUCUAAACUUAUUGAAGAGGAGGAAUUAGAAGUUGGCAAUGUAAAUGUUUCAGUUUUCAUGUCAUAUGCUAAAGCAGUGGGUUACAAGUCAUGUCUAGCAGUUGUCAUAUUGUAUGGUAUAUACCAGGCACUUUCUGUAUGGUCUAGUGUUUGGCUCACAGAUUGGACGUCUGAUGAUAAAUUACAGAAUUUGACAUACUGGCCAGCUAACAGUACAGAAAGAAGACACAAGAAUGAUUAUUACCUGGGUAUAUAUGGAGCAUUUGGUGUAGGUCAAGCCCUGCUUGUUAUUUCGUAUGCCCUGGUUCAAGCUAUUCGUUGUGUGCGAGCUUCUAAAAUACUUCAUGAAAACAUGCUCACCAACGUGUUACGAGGACCCAUGUGGUUUUUUGACACAACGCCAGUUGGACGUAUAGUGAACCGAUUUUCUCAGGACAUAGAAGCCAUAGAUUCAACAUUACCGCACAUGUUUGUUGAAGUGUUGUACAGUUUUUACCUGGUGUUUAGUAUAUUGAUCAUCAUAUCGUACAGUACACCAAUUUUCCUGAGUGUCAUUAUACCAGUUGGAGUAGUUUAUAUCAUGUUACAGAGAUUUUAUAUACCUACAUCACGUCAGUUAAAGAGACUUGAAUCCAAGACAAGAUCUCCAAUCUACAAUAAUUUUAGUGAGAGUUUGACGGGUGCUAGUGUUAUACGAGCCUUCAAGGUGCAGGAUAGGUUUAUACAAGAGUCAGAACAUAGAGUAGAUUACAACCAGGAAUAUUCAUUUGCCAGUAAUACUGUUAACAGAUGGCUAGGUUUUCGACUGGAAGAAAUGGGAGCAGUUAUUGUGUUGGCAGCCUCCAUGUUUUCUGUUUUAGAGAGAAAUAACAUUAAUGGGGCACUAGUAGGACUUUCUGUCUCCUACGCUUUACAGAUAACAGAGAAUCUGAACUGGUUGGUGAGAAUGGUGAGUGAGUUUGAGACUAACAUUGUCAGUGUAGAGAGAGUCGGACAGUAUACAACAAAUCCUACAGAGGCAGCUUUACAUACAAGUGAACCACCGAGGAAGGAGUGGCCAGACAGAGGUCAUGUACAACUAGAGUCAUAUUCUACACGAUAUCGAGAAGGUUUGAGCCUUGUGCUGAAAAACAUCAACAUUAAUAUAAAUCCAGGAGAAAAGGUUGGAAUUGUGGGACGUACUGGUGCUGGAAAAUCUUCACUGACAUUAUCGUUGUUUAGGUUGAUAGAGGCCUCAAGUGGGAGAAUAUUGGUAGAUGGACAGGAUGUCAGCCAUCUUGGAUUGUAUGAUUUGAGAUCAAGACUUACCAUUUUACCACAGGAACCAGUCUUGUUCUCUGGGAGCUUGCGGAUGAAUCUUGAUCCUCUAGGUGAGCAUGAUGACUCAGCAAUUUGGACUACCCUGGAGCAUGCACAUCUAAAACCUUUUGUAGAUGGCUUACCUACAAAACUUGAAUACGAGGUUGGAGAAGGAGGACAGAACCUUAGUGUUGGUCAGAGACAGUUGAUGUGUUUAGCAAGAAGUUUGUUACGAAAAAGUAAAAUACUUGUGUUAGACGAAGCUACGGCUGCUGUCGAUUUAGAGACGGAUGCUCUUAUACAGAACACAAUAAACACAGAAUUUACAGACUGCACUGUUCUCACAAUAGCUCAUAGGUUGAACACUGUUAUUGAUUAUGAUAGAAUUUUGGUGCUAGGCGAUGGUGAACUCCAAGAAUUUGACUCGCCACAAACACUCUUACAAAACACAUCAUCAGCAUUUUAUGCCAUGGCGAAAGAUGCCGGACUUGUUUGAGAAAUUUCUUUGUAAUUUAUCCAGAAUGAUCUCUACAGUGACAUGGUUAUUUUUUUUUUGCUAUCAAGUGGAGUUCAUUUGAGUAAUGAGUUUCAAAAGAUUGACUUUUAACAUGGUGUUUUACCAAUUUAUUGAUAAUGAAAAGCUUU